CACCACCAGCCCGGCGCGACCGACGACACCGCAGCCAUGGCCGCCUCCAAUGGCGACUCGAGCGAAAUCGCCGCGAACCCCCCGCCGAACGUCAUCAUCCCCCCCAAGAAUGUCCGCGACAGCAUUGCGAAGACGGCCGACUUCGUCCACCGCCGCGGCGAGCGCGACGAGGCCGCCUUAGUCACCCGUGUGCGUGAUCAGGGCAAGUCGAACAUGGCCUUUGUGCUUCCAGAGGACACCUACAACCCAUACUAUGCCUGGUACCUGCAACAACUGAGGGAAGGCAAAGGUCCCUCGGCCGCAACAGCACGCGCUGUGGCCGACGCCAAACCCCAAGGGCCACCCGAGCCGCCCAAGUUCCGAUUUUCAGCGCGCAUGCCGCAGAUCAACGCUAAGGAUCUCGAGAUACUUCGACUUACUGCACUGUACACCGCACGGGUCGGCGAGAACUGGCUGAAGGAGCUGCGCAACCGUGAAUCGGGAAACGCCCAGUUCGAAUUCUUGCGCCCAACCCACAGCUUCUUCCCGUUCUUCCGUGCGCUCGUCGAGCAGUAUAAGAUACUUCUUGAAGAGGAGCAGACGGUGGAGGCUCGUAUAGAAGAGCUUCAACGCAACAUACAGAACCGCUUCCACGUCUUGGACCGAGCGAAGGGGCGCGCCGAGUAUGUCAAAUAUGUGACACACCAGAAGGAGAAAGAAGAGAAGAAGGCGGAAGAUGAGAGGAAGGAAUAUGCUGCCAUCGAUUGGCAUGAUUUUGGGGUCAUCGCAACUGUGCUGUUUGACGAAGGCGACGAUGCUGCGGAACUACCGCCGCCGACAAACCUUACUGACCUGCAGUCUGCCUCUCUAGAGCAGAAAGCAAUGGUUUCGUUAUCUUCGAAACGCCUUGAAGAAGCCUUGCCCGACGACGUCACAUUCUACAAUACCUCCCAACAACCUGCCAUGCCACCCUCUGCAUACCCAGGAAUGCCUCCUAUGGCUCCACCAGUCCAGCCUGCAUAUGCGCCACCUCCCGCAGCUCCAUACGGCUACCAACAACCGGCGCCGGUGGAUUGGCAGGCAGACGAAGCGAGACAGGCCCGGGAACAACAAGCAGAGCGCGACCAGGUUGCUCGAGCCCAGGCUACAGCAAGAGGCGCACCAGGAACCAUGCGGAUUCGGACGGACUAUGUUCCCCGAGGCAAGAAGACGAACGUCACCACGGUGCAGUGCCCGAAUUGCAAACAGAUGUUCCCUUCAGAUGAGAUAGAGGAGCACAUGCGAAUUGAACUACUCGAUCCUCGCUGGAAGGAGCAGCGAGCGAAGACCGAAGCACGUUACUCUACCGUCAUCACGCCAAAUGAGGCUGCGAAUAAUCUGAAACGAUUCGCAAGUCAACGGGACGACAUAUACGACGGUGUUACUGGUGUGCCGAUAACUGAGGAGGAGGCUGCGCGACGAAAGAAGGCUGCGACGUCCUACGACGGACAGCCGGACUCGGCAAAAGACGCUGCUAGGAUCCAUCAAAUGCAAUCGAUGAACCUCCAGGACCAGCUGCGUCGUAUACAUGAGAAGCACGGUGGUGGGCAGUAGUAAUCGGAUGGUUCGUCAGUCUGGAGUUGAACCUGUGCGCGUCUGUAAAAACAAGGGAUUGCAUGGGAUGGCGUUCAAUAAGGGGGCCCGGGUGCAGUUCAUGGACAUGCCAUUUGAUGCGGGUAUGAUCUGAAUUUGCGUGCGUAAAAGCACAUAUUGUCUCGCCAAGGUGACCACGGUCCUUAGCCUGAAUAAACGAUUCAAAAGCCUCU